AUGGCAACUCCCGAAGACCAUCACGGAUAUGCUAAGGUGGCUCGUCUGAUGGAAUGCCACAGUGAAUUUGGCAUCUUUCGGAGCUUCAGCUGCUUGAACUUCCAGAACCUCCUCUACCUCCAGGCCGAGCUCACGCAGCUUGAGCAGGAAUUGAAGCAGAUCGUGCAGACAGAUAGAGCCUCCGAUGAUCCCACCCGAAGUUUGCAGGCAAACCACUGGCAGUUGUUAAAGAACUCCCAGCAGGAGGGGCGUGACGGGCAGUUCCAAAAGGUCAUGCAAAUCAGAGCCGUCUUGAAAGAAUACAAUGAGGCUCUGCUCCAGCACCGGGGCUUAUCUUCGUUGAAGAAACCCACCAAAUACAAGAUCAACUUCCUUCGUGAUUGGCGGGAUGAUCCGAAGCUGGGAGGGCAGCCAAUCAUCAGCGACGACCGACACGCAUGGAGCGAGGCUCACGAGGGCGACCUCAUUUCCACCACCGACACGAACCAGAUGGACGCUACCAGUACUUGGAUAUCGGAAACGCUUCUUCCAAACUACCAUUGGUGGAUAGGUAAGCAUCACAAGGAAGCAGUUGACUGGGACCCCUUGACAGGAAUCGCAAACUACUCCAACAAGGGAAUCGUUCACGCCGUUGACAUCCUGGCAACCGUGGUGUCUUGUCUAUUCUCCGUCUUGUCCAUAGUGGCUCUGAAUGCCGUCCAGAGCAUCUCACUUCGCAUCGGCAUGACGGCUGUCUUCACUGCGGUGUUUUGCCUCUGUCUCGCCGCCGUGACUGAGGCACGCAGGAUCGAAGUCUUUGCAGCCACGUCCGCGUAA